AUGUCGUCGUACCGGAGGGCCGAAAGCGAGUCGGACGAGUCUACUCCAAUUCGAGCAGUAGAGCACCAGACAGAGCGUCGUUACGACACCACCAAUGAGAGCAAUUCCCAGAGCACGAGAACAACCGCGACUACUGCGUCACAGCCCUCCUCAUCGACCCUCGUGAACCCCAACGAUGCUCCCCACGAACACGGCGAUGAGGAAGAGCACAAGAGAAACCGGGUGACCGAAUGGUUCAAGAGCGCAUCCGAAAAAUAUGGUUCAGUCACACUAGAAAACAAAGGCUCGGUAGCUCGCGAUCAUUUGGCUUUGGAAAGGACCUUUCUGGCUUGGCUGAGGACGAGUCUAGCAUUCGCUAGCAUUGGCAUAGCAGUCACACAACUCUUUCGCCUGAAUAGUUCUUUGUCCGGUCAAAGCCAGUCGACGUCGAGUGUCAGCCAGACGAUACCUUUGUCGCCGCUCAUCGGACAGUCCGUGCCAGCCGAACUUCUACCGUUCCUUCAGCAGGUCGCUGCAUCUAUGUCGGCUCCAACGAGCCCUCCGACGCUGGGUCCGACGCUCCUCGACCAGAUCCUUCUCCUGCCACCGACGGGUCUGUCGCAACACCAAGCCGCGGGCAUUGCGGCCUCGAGCGGCGACGGGAGCGCCGAGACUGGUACCAACCCUGAACUCGGCGCUGCGAGGAUGCGGCAUGUGGGCAAACCACUUGGGGCAACCUUCAUCGCAGUCUCUAUAGUGAUUCUCUUCAUUGGGUUUCAUCGCUACUUCGAGUCUCAAUACUGGAUCAUACGGGGCAAAUUUCCUGCCAGUCGCGGGAGCAUCUUCGCAGUCUCAUUCAUAACAGGCUCGCUCAUCAUUGCGAGUCUGGUCGUGGUGCUAGCAAUAGCAUCGACGCCUGUCCAGAAUAAAAAGUGA